GAUGUUGGGGUCAAAUUCAUGUACAUUGGUGAGGCCAGUGUCUUCCACACAGAUGCCUAAAUAUGCAUAUGGAACAAGAGGAAGAACCCCAGAUAUCCCAGCCAAUGCGGCCUUGGUUUUGACCGUGGAACUUCUCCGUGUAUACCCUGCUGUGGACCGACAGAAACUCUCAGUAGACCAGCGUCUGAGCUUGGGAGAGAAGAAACGUGUACGAGGGAAUCAGCUGUACUCAUGGAAAGACUAUUCAACAGCUAUUGAAGUCUACAGUCGAGCACUACAUAUCUUGGAUCCCCAAUCCGGAUCAUUCACGGAAGCACCAGAAAAACUCCAGGAGUUCCUGGACUGCCGCAUCAAAUGCUAUAACAACAUGUGCAUAUGCCAGAUGUUUCUCGGCCAUCAUGAAGCCGCCAUCAAGUCAGCAAAUGAAGUAUUGAAUGUACAGCCUGACAACUGGAAAGCUCUCAGCCGUCUCGGCAAGGCUCUUGGUGAAUCUGGGGAUUUAAAGAAAGCCAUAGAGAUUUUGAAGCGAUGUGAAAAGGUUAACACCAAUGAUAAGAAAUUCCAAUCUCAGAACCAAGCACUGAUGCAAACAUACAUCAAGAAAUCUGUCAAGGAAUCAGAAAAAGAGAAAAAAAUGUACAAGAAGAUGUUUGGACUGGAAAAAACUGCCACUCCCAAAGAAGAAAAGAAAUCCACAUCUGUUUUCGCUCCAUCAUGGAAGUGGGCUCUUGGAGGUGUUAGCAUGGCCUUAGUAGCAGUGGGAGUCACGGCAGCUUUCAAAUAUUUCCAGCACUAACUACACAAACUGUGAUCGGGGAUGGGAAAGGGAGGGGGGAGGGGUUGUGUUGCAAUUAAUGCCAUUUCCAUAUACAUUUUUUUUUUUUCAUACUUAACAUUUAUUUUAAAUUUUGAUUAUUUAGGUUAAGAAUUUUUAAAUUCAAUAUUAAUGUUUUAAGUAUUUAAACAUACAAGGUGGUUUAAGGUCACAAUGAAGAUACAGGGUUAUCAACACAUAUUCAGGUUAGAGGUCGGACGGGGGCUUCCGGAUAAGGCUAUGAUUGUGUUUAUUUUUGAUUGAUUUAUGUAUUUUGGCUGAUUGAAAUUAAUUGCUGUUCAUGUCAUAUUGCCAAUUUAUUAAUUCAUGAAGAUAAAAGAACCAAAAGUGCUAAUUUGAUUUGUGCCCAAGAUUUUCUAACAUCAAAGAAAUACAUGAACAUUUUUGAUUUAUUCUAUUUUUCCAAAAAUUAAUUCCGAACUCGCCCUUAAGAUUUCAAAAUAAUUUAUUAGAUUGUUAAGCUCCAGGGAGUUGAAAUUUCCUGACGGAAUUGUCAAACUUUUUAUCUGAUGGUUGGAGGAAAAUGCCAACAAAAGGCAGAGGGAAAGAGUAUUUGACGGGAGGGCGUAAAAGUGUACUAUAUUCAUUUCUACCUCUAUUGGCAUUUUCAUAUUAACCUGGGAGAGAAGGCAAUGCAUGUUGACACGAUGGCUCGCUAGGGAAUUUACAACCGUUUUAAGGAUGUUGUUUGUAUGUACUUAAGUAAUCGUACGUCUCGGUGGAUUCUAAUAACUGAUAUAGUGUGUGUUUUGCAUAAUGACCCAAUGGACGCGAUCUGAAGAUGAUCCACUUCUGGUGGACCAUAUGUUGAUGACAUAAUUUGUGAGUGUUGGAUGUCUGGUCAUGGAAAGUUAUCAGAUUGAUUAUUUAUUGUCCUCUAAAUUCCGACUUGGCUGUCGGUCGUGCUAUCAUUUUGAAAAUUGUGUUUCUGCUUUUUGUCACUGGGACUUCAGGGUACAGUGCUGUGUAGGUGUUUUAUGAUGCAUAAUGACCAUAUCAGUAUUUGUGGAGGAACUGAUAGGGUUGAGGUGAACGUUCUCUAUUUGUCACAGACAGAUGUGUCCAUUUAGAAAUGUAAGCACUUCAUCCCGACCCCUUCACUUACUGAUAUGUAGUUAUGUAUCGUAUUAUAUCUGCAUUGUACUGCACCCACAUUGAAGUUUCGGUGACAAAUGGCAGAUUCCGUUUUCAAAAUGUACACACUGGCGGUCAUAACGGAUUUUGGAGAUGAUUAAUUAUCAGUUUGAUAACCUAUUCCAUGAUGAGGACCAUCACAGAUCAAAUUAUGUUGUCAAUGUAUGGUUCUAAUGGAUGCGGAGAGUUUUCAGGGAUUCAUUGUGGUCUAUUGUAAAGCAUACGCACUUCGGUUAUAAGGAAGAUACUGGGAUGUGUGGUUAUUCAGGAGUACAUACUGAAUUCCUUAAAGACACCUGUAAAUGACUUUUCCGAGUCUGACUGGAUACAGACAUUUCCACGCUCAUACCAGGUGCAUUAUCGAACAACUACCUGUUUGUUUGGUGACUUCCCUGUCUGAGGGAGGACAUCACUAGAGCGUUGUCUUCCUCAGAUAACAAGUCUGCCAACUAAAUAUGUGAAAUGAAUAUUGCAGUACAUUGGUGAGGAUACCAUUCAACCCCAACCGCCAGUACUUGAUCCCAUCCAAAAACCAUUAGUGGCACACUUUUACACAACUGGAGUAUUUGGAUAAGCUAUAGGGCUUGUUUAUAUAAACACAUCAUAAAUCUGAUGGAGAAGAUAAUCCAUUUGGUUGACCUUGUAUUUAAUUGGUGUUUAAGUACAUGUAUGUAAUUUGUUGCAAAUCAUUGUCAACUUUCAGGAAUUUUUGAUUUUUUUUUCAAAAACAGUAGAUUAUUACAAAAAAAAAUUGAUUAAAGUAUUCCUAUAUUUUAGAACAGAGCAUUUAAAUUUUCAAAAAAUAUUAUUGUAGAAAUGCUACUCAAUUUUAAUUAACUAACUUCAUUGUGUCUUAAACUGUCUUAUGUAAUUUAUCAUAUCAAAAAGAUAAUUUAUACAAGAUCAUGCUUCAAAUUCUAGAGAAAAAAAAUUCUGUAAAAUUUUAUUUUUAAUUUGAACCAGAUGGUGUACAUCUAGUCAGGCUAUUUUCCAUACAUUUUUUCUAUCAAUAGUUGGGACAGUGUAUUUUAGUAAGGGAUAUUUAAUGGUACCAUGUUGAUCAACGUACCUUUAAAAUUGAUUAAAGAAUGAGGUAAAACCUCAAACUUGCAUUGUAUUGAUGUUUUCAUGUGUUUUAACUUGUGCCAAAGUCAGCGAAAAACAAAAUAAUAUGGAUAGAAAUUUGAUUUUGAAAAAGGCAACAUGUCUUUCAUUAGAUUUCACGUGCUGGCUACAUUUGAUGAGAAUUCGUAUUAUCAUUCAUGUACAUUGUAUGUACAAAUCAUGGAACUCAUUUCGGUUAUGUGUUUUGAGUCGCAUCAUUUAUUCAGAAUCUCUUCUUUCAUCCUAAUGAGGGAGUUUAUUACUCCUGUACAAAUGGACAACAGACUGUGUGGCAAAUGUACAAUACAAGGCCUGUGUGUUCUCUGUAAGAAUGAUGUUGUAACUGAAGGUUUAUUUUGGUUCGUUGUUUAUAUUUGUGACACCCGUGUGUAUUUUGCUCUCCCCCACAAGAGCAAGUUUAUCAAAAUUUCAUGACUAUCAGUAAUAUGUUUCUGUAAUUUUAUAAAGGCAUUCCAAUACAGAUGUGAAUUUAUUGCUUCAAAUUAGACUCUUUAUUAUAUCAUGCUUCACAAAUACCUAAAUUAAUUUAACAUUACAAUAUUUUAAACAGUUUCACAUUGGAUAUAUUUCAUUGCCUUCCAAAGAUGUAUCAUUUAUUUCUGUUUGGUUGUGUAACAUUGACUUGGUUUGAAUGUGAGAUUUGAACAAGCUUAACACAAAGAAGAAACUGCACUGUUUGUUAUGUGAUAGAAUAUCUGUGAUGUGAUGUGAAGGAACGAAAUAUAUAUGUCUAUAAAUCAAUUCAU